AUGUAUGCCCCAUAUACCCGCCCUAGGCGGGGGUGGAACCUGUCCACCGCGGGGGGCAACCCUAAACUAGCUGGAAUGACGGGUGCAGAGACCAAGCCUACUGAAAAUUCCGGUACCAAUCCCAAAAUGGCAGAGACUGCAUGCUCCCCCACUCCCAGCAACAGUCUACCCGAUAUCCUGUCCAGGCUAAACAGUCUCUUUGCUGCUUUUUGGCUUAAGUUAGAGAGCAGAGUGAGCCAACCGGCCUUGCAGCCCCCGGGAGCCUACUCACUUCGACAGCUGCAUCCCGAUACUCGACGGAAGUCCUCAGAUCUGGUGGUGAAGCGGACGCCUGUCGAGCGGCAGAACAGGCUGCCCAGAGCGCAUAAACACAAGGCAGUGCGGAAGCAGGCAUGGACGCAAGCAACAGCUAAACCACCUACAAAGCUGGAGGGGCCACAAGGAACCUCAUACCUUGCAUCUCAGAGGAGCCACCGGAGGUCGGGGAGCAGAGGAGUGACACACAUUUCUCUGAUACAGGACUGCGCUUGGGCCCCAAAGGCAUAA